AUGCUGGCUGUUUCGCUCACAUGCAGGAAGUUCGUGCCUGAGCCUGAAAUGGGGUGCGGCAAGAAGGACGAGGAGUGGCGCGAUCCAGAGAAGGGUCAUGUGAGCGAGGCAGCGGAGCCCAAAGCCAGGCAGUGGAGGUUGGCAUUCCUGAUGAUGUUGGCGUUGACAGCGCACAAUUUCCCAGAAGGACUAGCAGUUGGUGUCUCAUCACUGCAAAGCGAGCACUUGGGAGUUGUGGUCAUGGCAGCAAUCGCGGUGCACAACAUUCCGGAAGGCAUUGCCAUUGCUCUGCCCGUGCUAGAGGCAACGAACAGCAGAUCAAGGGCAAUGCUCUUGGCUACGCUGUCAGGGCUUGCUGAGCCGCUGGGAGCUUUCUUUGCUGUUUCCAUUUUGCCACCUGGUGCGUUGGUCGGAUCUGGCAUGGACAUCCUACUAUGUAUUGUGGGUGGCAUCAUGACCUCUGUUGCCUGCCUCGAACUCCUGCCAGAGGCUUUGGCACAGCGUCAGACUUGGAGCACAGCUGCUGGUCUGCUGACGGGUGCGCUCAUCAUGCUCCUGACACAUGAAAUUGCCUGA